AUGAGAACUAAUAAAAGAAACGACGAUGAUAUGGCUACAGUGGAUGGAAAUCUUCUACAACAACCGAAAGAAGAAACGCAAUCUGUCAGAAACCCGCUUAUGAAAGUUAAAACCUACGUGCUAGCUUUACGGCCAUGGUCUCUGAGUGGAAGCUUGUUGCCUACCUUAUUAGGAGCAGCACUAUCAUAUAGACUACCAGGGGAAAGUGGAUUCAGCUGGGUGACGUUACUCCUCACGCUUUGUACAGUUAUUCCCGUACAUUGUGCCGGUAAUGUUGUAAACACGUACUUUGAUUUCGUAAAAGGAAUUGAUAACCGUAAAUCAGAUGAUAGAACUCUUGUUGAUCGUAUAUUAAGCAUUGAUGAAGUUGUGUCACUAGGAGCUAUACUGUACAUGGCUGGUUGCGCUUUCUUUAUGCUUUUAGUUAUUUUGUCACCAGCCAGAAUGGAACAUUUGGCCUUAGUUUAUUUUGGAGGUUUAUCAUCAUCAUUUCUUUAUACUGGUGGCAUUGGUUUGAAAUAUAUAGCUCUUGGUGAUAUUGUUGUUCUAGUCAUAUUUGGACCAGUGGCUGUUGUUUUUUCCUUCUUAGCUCAGACUGGAAGGGUGGACUGGCCUAUUAUUUAUUAUGCAAUACCUCUUGCUCUUAACACUGAGGCUAUCUUACAUAGUAACAAUACCAGAGAUCUUGAAAUAGACAGUAAAGCCGAAAUUGUAACAUUAGCUAUUUUAAUUGGUAAAACUGCUUCAUAUUUGUUGUAUGCAUUUCUAUUGUUUACACCAUAUAUAAUGUUUGUAGUUGCAUCUGUCAGGUGCUCUCUUUGGUUCUUGUUGCCUAUGUUAACUUUGCCUCGAGCAUUUGAUAUUGAAAGGAGGUUUAGAUGCCCAGAAACAAUGCAAUAUGUGCCACGGCAAACAGCCAGAUUGAAUUUCUAUUUUGGUAUGUUAUACAUAAUUACCUGUUUAUUUGCAAAUAGAUUGCCAUUUCUUUAUUAA